AAAGGGACUGGCUGUCAACAUCCACAGGAAGGGAUCUUCCAGGUAGUGAAGAGCUAGAAAUGAGGUGACCCAUGAACUCAAUCAGGGUCCAGCCAGACCAGGAAAGAAUAGGCCCUACCCCAUGGCCUCAAAGAAGAAGAGUGGGGGCUCGGGCCGCCGGGGUGCAAGGGGCACAGGAGGCACAGGGGGUACAGGGGGCACAGGCACAGAUGGCACGGAGACGGUGGUGCUGUCGGAUCGCUACCAGUUUCUGCAGCGGGAGUUUGCAGCGUUGACUGAGCAGCUAGAUACCUAUGAGAAUUGUGUGAAGAAUAUGCUAUGGGAGAAUGAUUUCCUGGACCGGGAGGCUGCCCAGCUACGUGAGGAGAAUCGGCAAUAUGCAUCUUACAUGUCCUCACGGGCCCAGCGCUGUGCCAACUUCAUCAUCACACUGGAUGCACAGAACCGUGUAGACCUGGCCCAGGUUCACUUCCAACAAGAAGAGCUCACUGCUCUGUACCAGGGUCGCGAGGGCGCAGUACGCUCCCAACUCACAGAGAUGGAGGCCCGCUCAGCCCAAAUGGCACACGAGGUGGAACUGCUACAGCCCUACAAGGAACUACAACUGGAGCAGUUGGCCAGGAUCAAAACCCUGGAACGAGAGUUACUGCACAUGAGAGUGGAGCACACCCAGCUACUCCACCGUGUGAAAGGACGUUUCCUGGAGGACAAAGCUGCAUGUGAGCGUGAGGCCCGGCAACAGGUGCAGUUGCUGGUGCGCAGAGCAGAGCGUGAAGCCACUCGCUCCCUCCUCAUACACAUUCAAUCUAUUAAAGCCGAGAACAGGCGUCUCCGGCAGGAGCUCCUGGAGCUCCUGCUCCGGACAAAGCUGCUACAUGAUACCAGGCAGGAGCUGCUGGAGCAGCGGAGGCAGUUGCGGCAGGAGCAUGAAGACACCAGAGAACUGGCCAAAAUCCAUGGCUGGCUUCGGCGGGGCCCUGAUGGGCCCCAACUUUGGGAGCCACCACUUCAUGAAAUCAGCUCAACUUCAUCCUCAUCCUUGCUCGCACCUUCCUCACUCAUGCCCACCUCUUCAUCUUUGCCCACCUCCUCACCCAUGGUCCAAGCCUCAACCAUGCUCCAUGCCUCACCCAUGCCCCUAGACUCGACCAUGCUCUAUGCCUCGCCCAUGUUCCUAGCCUCACCUGCUCCCCUAGCCUCACCUGUUCCCCCAGCCUCACCCAUACCCCCAGACUCUUCAGAAAACGUUGCAAGUCCCAGUAUGCCGGCUGGUAGCCCUGAUGCCUCUUCAUCUGCCCCUACAAUCUCCAAUACCAAAUCUCCAACCUAAGGAGGACCUCAUGAGGUUCCCCCUUAGUCCUCUUUACAGAGCCAUGGCACUUCCCAUGAUGAGUCUAAGAGCAUGGGACCAAAAGCAAGCCCCUGAGCAGGGCCUCGGGAGCUAGAGAGGGCUGGGGGCAAAAGGGAAAGCCAGAAAGGGAGAGUUUCUAAUAAAGGUCUAUGUCAUGUCCCAC